AUGUCCGUAUCAGCCUCGAUCCCCGACACUUCGCUUGGCCUUACUUCCUCCGAGAUCCAGAUCCUCCGGCAACAACAGCAGAUUGCGCUGCAGGGUGGCCAUGCCGGCAAUGGGAUUUCCAGGGGCAGAGGGACCGGUCGAACCAGCAACUCCAGUUCGCGUGCCGCCAGCGCCGCCAGCAGUCACGGUCGAUUGUUGUUGGAUCCGAUGAGCCUCCGAGCGCUCUCUCAUCAGUUGGACGCCUUGCAGGAACAGAUCCGGAGUCGCAUCGAUUAUCUCGAGGAACAAAUGCAACUUUCGCUUCAAAACAGUUACGACCGCGCCGGAAACGUCAUCUGCAACGCCGACGCCGAGAUUGCCCGCACUCGCUCGAUCCUAGCCUCAAUCGAUGAAUUGGAGAAUGAGAUGGCGAAAAUUGGACACAUCAGAGAAAUUGUGAAGGCCUACCGUGGCCGAAUAGAAGGCCUCGACCAACGUCUGGAUCAGGCCGCCCGUCGCAGA